UAUAUGUCUUAAUGAUGGUAUAUAUAUAGGGUGCCCCAAGUUCGUAACCUACGCAAGAUAGAGUGCGGAUCAGCAUACCAUACUCAUAAGUCCAUUAUCGCACAAAACACCUUCUAAGCUUUGCUGAGACAUAAGUAUAUUUUUGGUGAAAUUUUCCACGACCAUGUUCGGCAUUACAUGUGAUUUAAUUUGAUUGAUACCAUAAUUGAAUUGUUUCUUGGAUUACACACCAUAUGUGGCAUAGUCGUUUUCAAUAAGAGACACCGUCCUCAACCGUACCUGAUCAUUUAGACAAAUCAGUUCGCAGGUGCCAUCACUUUUAACGAAUCCAUACGAGUUUUGAACAGAUUAUCUCGAUGUUUAACGUUUGCAUCUGGCAUGAAGCCUGACCAGUUCCCUAGAACCACUGGCAAUUAAUACAUUUGAAUUGGGCACCUCUCAGCCUUGCAAGACAAUCCUACAGAACUGUAACAGGGAGAUAGUGAGUAGAGCAAGGUCCAGCAAGGCUCAAGAUGAGCUCCCACCGUUCACCAGUGCAGUCAAAGCAGCUAAAAACUUUUUUAAUCGACGCCUCGCCAAGUGGUGGUGUUCAAGAGGGUAUUGUGCUGCAUCAGUGCUUAGCGCCAUACGGUGGCUAUACAUUGGAAAAUGAUCAACGUUUGCAAAGAUUUAAACAGUGGUCGGAUACUUACGAAGAGUUUCCAUGUUUCACGAACUGCUACUUAAAUAAUAUGUUGAAUAUUUAUAAUGAAACGCAAGGCUUUAAUGACGAAAAUGUUAUAAAACGAUUCGGUCGUUCCAUUUAUAAGGCGUGUAAAGAAAAGCUGAUACAGGGCAAUAACUCCUGCGAAAUAGCUUAUAACGGUUUUCAUUGUCUUAUAAGUCAUGAAGAUGAUCCUUUCAUCUUAAUUGAUAAUAUUGAAGACAUUAGCAUGGAAGCGAAACAGGCUAUGAAAGAAUGCCUUCAUAAAUUUAAUAGCGAUGAAUGGCAAUAUCUAGGCGACUAUAUUCGUUUUCCCGUACAAGAACCGAUACCAUGCUACACACGAUGUUACGUCUACAAGAUGCAAUUAUAUGAUCAUCGUUUAAGAAAAUGGAAUAUAGAAGGCAUGCAACGAUUAUUGGGAGUACCGCCUGAGCAGGCGAAUAUUGAAAGGUGUUUAAGUUUAUCGAAACGUCGUAAUAAUAAUAAUAUGUGUGCAUGGAUUUACAAAGAAAUGACUUGUUUCAGUUUAUCGCAAUAAAUACAUCAAAUAUUUUCUUUCUUUCAAAAAAAAAAAAAAAAAAAUUUUUAAAACUAAAGCAUUCUAGCAAAUCGAUAAUGUUAUGUUUUAAGUUUAACUUUAACAUUCGAAUUCAAUUGCACAAGAAUACGAUGAGCCAGAGAAAAAAAUGAAGAAGAAAAAUUGUAUUUUUUUUUUUUUUUUUCUUUUAAUAAAAUAGACCCAAAAAAUCACAUCACGUACUUAUUAUACAGACAUAUUCCAACCAACAAAUAAAUUACAAUAAAUACCGAAAGCCAAUUAGGCCAGAGCUGUAUGUGUGUAUGUAUGUGUGUAAGCAUUCAAAAAAAA